CGUUCUUAUCUGUAUGACUUUCUACUGUCUUGAUUAAAUGAGACCCAAAACUCUCACUAAUUGUACUUCUUCCAAGAUUUUUGAAAAGUUAAACAGAAUUCCCAAUUUGUCCUAAUUUGAUCACUUUAAAAAGUGCCUUGUUGAAUGUUUAGCUUUGCCGAUGAUGUGUUAGAAAAUGUUUGACGUGAGACCGGAUCAGAGAGACGAACGGAUUUAAUCUGAUUACUUUCUCUCUCUCAUCGUGAGAUUAAGGUUAUGAAUAAUCACGCUGACAGGAUUAUUUAGUAGAGUGGGCAAGCAGGAGGAAGGAAAGUGGGAUGGCGGAAAGAGAGAGUAAAAAGAGCUGCAAACGGAUGCGAGAGAGUGAGUGACAACUACAAGUUUGAAAGGGAAAAUUAAUGUAAAAAAAGAAUAAAUUCUGUGAAACCAAGUGGGGAAAAGUUGAGAGAAGAGGGCAUUAACACGUCCCAAAUGACAAAAUUAUUUGGAUGACCCUUAUAUUUACAAUAAUGCAAGUUGUAGUUAGGUUAUGUUGCCGUAACUUUCCAGAAACCACACCUACUGUGAGGUAAUUUAAUGUAAACAAAAUAUGAUGUUCUUUAUGUAUUUGAAUAAAAAAAAUUGCAACUUUGAGAAAAUUUAUAUUUUAGUAAUAAAUAUGCCGUUUUUAUGUCUUGAUUUUUAACAACCAAAACAAAAUAUUUUUUUUACAUUUUAUUGAAAUGUUGCCUCAAAACUACUUUUUUUUUCUGCAAUACAGAAAUGUGUUCUUUGUGAAAUAUUUUAUUAGGUCAGGUUUUUAGGUGAUACAAGUUACUUCAACAAAUUGUUUCUAUGACUUUUUAAAAAAGUUAAACAUAAAUAAAAAUAAAAAUUCCAGAAACAACACCUACUGUAAAAGAAUAAAAUAAAUAAGAAUAAUGUUAACAAAACAUGACGUUCCUUAUGUGUUUGGAUUACCAAAAAAAGUUAUAUUUUAGUCAUAAAUAUGCAAAUAUGUUUUUGAAUGUUGUAAAAAUAUCUAACAAGGUUUUCUUAAAGUAACCUCAAAACUACUUUUUUUCUUCAAAAGUUUGUGAAACGUUUUGUUAGGUCAGGUUUAAAAAAAUGGUUUUUUAUUGUAAAAUAUAUAUAUUUUUUUUAUUUAUUUUUUUACAGUUAGAAAAAAAAUUCUAAUAUUAAUCUGAAGAUAACAUAAAAAUUGUGACGUGCAGUUAAGCUGGUAUUUAAAACAAUAUACAAAUAGAGUUCUAGUUAUACUGAUUUUACAGAUUAACAUGAAUUUUAAAUUCAGAACUGCAAAUCAGUUACUAACAGUACGUAUUACAAGAAAACACUACAGUUUCAUAUUUAGUUAGAUUUUUUCAUGUUGAUUUUUUUCUUUGAAAAUAUUAGUUGGAACUAUGGUUACAAAUAUUGCAAGGGUGCAUGCUAAACACGUCAUAACGUAAUGAAAAAUUAAAACGUUGGAAAGUUUUGAAAAUCGUAUUUGUUAUAUUAAAAUUCCCCGACAUCUGAUGCAUGAAGGACGUAGGGUAAAAACAUUAUCACAACCUUUAAUCACAACCAUUUUGUAAAACGUUUUUGUGGUGGGAUCAUUAAAAUUAGCAUUAGUUGCCAAUUUAAAGUCAAUUGACGCAUAAUUAACACCUACUCCAAAAAAUGAAUAUCCUAUCAUGGUGUUAUAAAAACUAAGUAUUGUCAGGCAGAAAAGAAUAUUGUUGUUUUUUAUUUAGUCACGUUCUGUUAAUUGAAUUAGAACUGAAUGGAUUUAGAAUCAACCACAAUAUGUAGUUAGCAUUUUCGCUUAAACCUUUGAUAAAAAUGAUUAAUUCACAGGGCUUUGUUGACCUGUUAGAAACUCAGAAACAUUACAAACAAACAUGCAUAAGCAGAUUUUAAUAGCAAGCAAAAACAUGUUUGUAUUUUACAUUUUUGUGACAACAACUUAAGGCAAAUACCCUGCAUGAAACAUAUCUUUCUCUCAGACCUGUGGAGGUGGAAAUAUGUGAUUUCUGUGUGAAGGCUUUUUUGUGGUUUUAUUGUUGUUGCAUAUUUUACAGCAUUAGGAACUGUGGGAAAUUUUGACCCUCCAACAGGUCAAUGACAUUGCAAGGUGUAAGCAACGCUGAGAAGUUUGACUAUGUGAUGAACUUUAUGAAGAAGUUGGCUGGAAAUGAGUAUGUGGGUUUCAGCAAUGCAACGUUUCAGUCAGAGAGAUUGUCAGGUGACAGAAACUUUGCCAUUGGUUACUACUUGAAAGAGAAAAAGUGUUUUCCUGAGGGCACUGAUAUGAUCUCCAUCCUGGACCUUUACUUCCAGCUGUGCUCCAUUGAGGUGACCUGCGAGAGUGCCAGUGUGAUGGCAGCUACACUGGCGAAUGGCGGGUUUUGUCCAAUCACGGGUGAGCGUGUGCUGAACCCAGAGGCCGUACGGAACACGCUGAGUCUCAUGCACUCCUGCGGCAUGUACGACUUCUCCGGACAGUUCGCUUUCCAUGUUGGUCUUCCGGCUAAAUCAGGUGUUUCCGGGGGUAUCCUGCUGGUGGUACCUAACGUGAUGGGCAUCAUGUGUUGGUCUCCUCCUCUGGACAAACUGGGCAACAGUGUGCGGGGCAUCAAGUUCUGCACGGAUCUGGUUCAACUCUUUAAUUUCCACAACUAUGAUAAUUUACGCCAUUUUGCCAAGAAACUGGAUCCACGCAGAGAGGGCGGAGAACAACGGGUCAAGUCGGUUAUCAACCUUCUGUUUGCGGCCUACACAGGAGACGUGUCGGCCCUGAGGAGGUUUGCACUGUCAUCCAUGGAUAUGGAGCAAAGAGACUAUGACUCAAGGACUGCACUCCAUGUAGCCGCUGCUGAAGGUCACACUGAGGUUGUGCGUUUCCUCCUAGAAGCCUGUAAGGUGAACCCAGUGCCCCGGGACAGGUGGGGUAACACUCCCAUGGAUGAGGCUAUUCAUUUCGGCCAUCACGACGUGGUAACAAUCCUGCAGGACUAUCACAACACCUACAGCCCCAAGGAGAUCACAGCUGAUGGGGAAAAAGAGACCGCUGAGAAGAACUUGGACGGGAUGCUGUAGACACAAUCUAGUCUCCGCUUUUAAAACAUUACACUCCAGAUUUAUCCCAAUGAGUCUGUGUCUAAAGUAUGCAUUUAAGAAAAGAAAACAUACAAAAAUAAGUGUUUGGCCCCUUUUAACCCCAUUUUGUGGUGUUUGUACUGUAUGUGUAUGCGUGGUUUAUACCGGUAUAACCUAUGUUUAAACUAUGUAAUUUUGUUUUAUCAUACACUCAGAGGAAUGUAGCCUCAUAAAGGUCUUUUUGGUUGUAUCUCCAUGUGAACAAUAUAAAUAGUUAAGAUAUCUCUAAAAAAUAUACCUAUAUAUUGCAUAGUUCAAGUAGGGAUUACACUUUACAAUAAGGUUGUAUACAUUAACACAAUAGUCAACAUUAAAUAACAUUGAACAAUACUUUUACAGCAUUUAUUAAUCUUGGUUAAUGUUCAUUUUUACAUAUACAAAUAUUUUUAUACGUUAGUUUUUGAAAGUUAGUUUUAGUAUUGGUUAAUAGAUUAAUGCAUACAAUUAUGAACCAAUAGGAACAGAGAAAAGGUAUAUUUAUAAAUUAACAUCCAGAUAAAUAAAUGCUGAAAGAAAUGAUAACAUUUUUGAAUAUAAUAUUUAAUGUAUUAACAAAUGGUAAAAUAUUAAGCCUUAUUGUAAAGUGUUACCCAUGUACAUUUCAUGUACGAUUUGAAAACCUUUUUGGGGGUUUGUUUUAUAAAAGCAUAAAGAUGUCAAAUAGAUAUUUAAGAAAAGAUAGCUAAGAAAAAGCAGCUUUAAGCAGGACUGGAAGGGGUAGCAGUUACAGGGAUGUGUAAUUCUAAUUUCCCUUUUUAACUUUAUUUUUUUAUUAAUAUUUAUUUAAAAUAUUGUCUACUUGGUCUUACUUUAACAUCAGCAUGAAAAAGAGUAGUAGGUCUGUAUGCCAUUAUUGAUUGUUUAUCAUCUUGUGAAUAUGUUCCAAAUAUGACAAAGUUCUUUGAUUGUCAAGAAAUAUUUGCACUUAUUUUAUAUAUUUAUUCAUUUAUUUGUUUGUUUGUUUGUUUGUAAUUAAAUUAAUUUUAAGCUUUGGAAAGACCACUUCUAUAGCUGUCUGUUUGUCCAACUACCGGUAUUUUCUGAACUUUCAAAGCCAUAUCACCUAUAGGUAUUUACAGCUGUGCCACCUGCUCUGUACUAUUUUUGGGAGUAGCAUACACCCCCUUAAAGCAGCAGAUUCUCUGGGAGAGGUGAUUACUGCUUUUGGAAAAUGUCAUGAGGCAUCAGUGUAUUACUCCCUGCUAAUUCAGAGUCUGGGGGACGGAGCUUUAACUUCUCUGAAGAGAUUAUGGGAGAAAGAUUUAAACUUGGCAUUGGAGGAGGGAGAGUGGGCUAGGAUUCUAAAAAACGUCAAGUCUGCAUCUAGAGAUGCAAGCCUUAUGCAAUUCAAGAUUUUACAUCAAUUCUAUUGGACCCCCUCUAGAUUGUAUAGGCUUGGUCUUAGACACACCUACCUGCUGGCAAUGCCAAUCAGAAGAUGGAGACCCAACCCAUGUUUUUUGGUGGUGUGUUAAGAUCCAAGAAUUUUGGUUGAAGGUUCAGAGUUUUAUGUGUGUUGUAUUGGGCACUCAAAUUUCAUUUUGCCCCAGACUCUGUAUUUUAGGCGAUGGGACGUUCAUCAAUAUAGGGGAUGAAAACAUACAAAAUUGGCAGUUCUUGCUGGUGUUAUGAUCGGCAGACAGAUUGUUUUAAGGGGAUGAAAGUCGGCUGGAGCGCCCUCAUUUCAAGAGUGGUGCACAGAGAUGGGGAGGGUGACGGCUUUCAGGGAAGUGUCAUCUAGAAGGCUGGGGAACUUGAAUACGUUUGAUGGGAAAUGGGGCAGCUAUUUGGCAUUCUUGGAAGGCCCUCAGGGAGGGGCAGUGGAGAGAGAAUUACAAUUUUAAAUGUGUGUGAUAUUUUUUUUUAUUUUUUUUUUAUUUAUAUAUAUAUAUAUAUAUAUAUAUUAUGUGUGUAUAUACUCAUGUGUGACCACAGGGAUGUUUGUUGAGGGUCAGGGUGGGGUUGGGGAUUGGGAGGGGUAAUAGUGGGAGUUAAAGGUUGAUUCUGUGAAUAUAUGUUUUGCUUUUCUUUGUUAAAUGUUUGAAUCAAUAAAAAAUGUUAAUCAGAAAAAAAAAAUCAUAUCACCUAAAAAACAAAAUUUUUCUGAACUUAAGCAAACAUUAAAUCUUACUGGAUAAUUAUUUGUAAUACCAACACUAAGUUUUCCAGAAACUCUUGUUCAGACAACAAACUCCAUGACGCUUCAAAUGGACUUCAUCUCUGCAAUUAGACAAACUCGUUUUUGCAACAAAACUAGCAACUAACUAUUGAUAAAAUCAUGUGUGACAAUGGCUUAUGUAAUUAUCAUGUUGUGUACAUAAACCAAGCAACAAUUUUUAUAAAUUUACUGUUUUAAUUGUCAGUACAUGCUUUAGUAUCAAUACUGUACAAGUGAAGUUAACGGUUAAACAGUAAAUGCACUGGUUAUAACACUGACUGAUUUGGUGCCACCAGCUGUGUACAUUUGCAUUAAGUCCCUCUGGAGAUGGAUGGUUUCAUUACUAUAAGCACACGUUCUAUGCAGACAAGCACACUUGGUAUUACUAAAGAGGUGGUGAGAUAAGAAGCUAGAAGGGUGAAUCUGUCGAUAACCUGCCAAGAACAUUUUCAGAUAAUGCUUUACCCCAAAAUCAAAAGAAAAGACAUUUGAAAUGUUCUUGGCAGGUUAUCGACAGAUUCACCCUUCUAGCUUCUUAUCUCACCACCUCCGAUUUGUUCUGAUACUUAGCAUAUUUGCAAAGAUAAAUGAAGUGAUAUUUAUACACAACUUCCCUGACUCACAAUAACAAGUUGUUUAUAUUUGAUGAAUUAAGUUCUGAGGUAACAACAGCAUUAAUAUGAACUUAAAGGAAUAAUUCACCCAAAAACAAGAAUCAUGUUGUUCCAGUUAGGGGCUGACAGCCUCGAUCACCAUUCACUUUCACUGCAUCUUUUUCCAUACAAAAAUGGAUGCUGACUCCAAACAUUUGCCAAACAUCUCUUUAUGAGUUGCACAGAAGAAUUUCAUACAGGUUUGGAAUAAUAUGGUAAGUAAAUGACUGAAUUCUCAUAUUUGGGUGAAUUAUGUUUUUGUUUCAGAUGACAGCAAGUAUACAGUGUUUUUCAAGACAUUUCUCAACGUUAUAAUAAAACAAAGGACUG